UGGGUGCAUCCAAAAUGAUCUCUCCGCAUUGCUACGAGCGUCAAAGGCUUGGAAGAUGGCGUCGGUCUUGGUUCGUCAGGCAGGACUCUCGGUGUUGAAAAACAGUCGUGUACCAACAUUUUCUGGGUUUUAUGCUAAUGGUUUCGGAGAGGCACUAUCUCAGUACCGAACAGUUGUGUACUCAGCAUCAGGUGGUAUUUUGCCAAAACCCAAGAAGACCUCAUUUGGCCUUUUCCGGAUUGCUGUGGUUGUGAUCCCCUUCCUGUAUGUCGGAACUCUGAUCAGCAAGAACUUUGCUGCGCUGCUGGAAGAGCAUGACAUCUUCGUCCCUGAGGAUGAUGACGAUGAUGACUGAAUGGUCUGUAUGCUCCAACAUAUGACCUGGGUAUGUAUGUAUAAUGAUCAAUGAAAUCAACUUUAGAAAAUGUAUCUCUUAACAUAAGCAAUAAAGAUGACAUUUGACCUCAGGGAAGGUGAGGCCUAUUACUGUGUUCUGUGUUCUCCCUCAACAGAGCGUAAUGUGUCGCCACUCAGACAAUGGGAAGACGUGUGACAGCUGAAAAGACUUGAGGAUCUUAAACUCAAAGCCUUUCUGGUUCUUCUCUCCCCAUCCAUUGUGAUGUGUGCCUGCCUGGAUACAGAGCUGUUUUAGAGAAGUGAUAGGACUAAUUCCUCCCUAGUGAUAACGUUUACAUGCACAGAUAAGUCUUACUAAAUAAAAUAAAUUGAUGUGCAAGAGGAAACCCUUGGAUCAGUUGAAGUUGCUUUUGAUUUAGCCAGUGAUAUCUUCUACAUUGCCGGAAAUACUUGUUCUGUUUUCAAUCAUUCUAGGGAUAUUGAAUUAUUUGGGGAGGUGACAGGCCUGCAUAGGUGUCCCUAUUUAUUUGGUUUCUGAUAUAGGUUAUCAAGAACCUUUGGUGCUUUUUAUUCCAACCUGUUGCAUUUGUUUUUGAUGAACUGAUCUAAUAAAGUCGACCUAUAUGUAAUGUC